CGCGAGGCGGUGCACCCGGGCAGAGCGCGGACCGUAGCGCGCGGUGCUCCGGGGGCAUCCGCCGCUCGGCUCCGUCUGCCGGCUCCUUUCCCUGUCUUGUCCCCCCUUCUGCAGCCGCGCCGCCGGGCCCUCGCGCGUUGGCGAGGUCGACAAGCAGCAUGGCGGUGGAGGAAGAGGGACUGCGGGUCUUCCAGAGCGUGAGGAUCAAGAUUGGUGAAGCCAAGAAUCUCCCUUCCUACCCGGGGCCAAACAAGAUGAGGGACUGCUACUGCACUGUGAACCUGGACCAGGAGGAGGUUUUCCGGACCAAAAUCGUAGAGAAGUCACUCUGCCCCUUUUAUGGAGAGGACUUUUACUGUGAAAUCCCUCGGAGUUUCCGCCACCUGUCCUUUUACAUUUUUGAUAGAGACGUUUUCCGAAGGGAUUCCAUCAUAGGCAAGGUGGCCAUCCAGAAGGAAGACUUGCAAAGGUACCACAACAGGGACACAUGGUUCCAGCUCCAGCAUGUGGAUGCUGACUCAGAGGUGCAGGGCAAGGUCCACCUGGAGCUGAGACUGAGUGAGGUCAUUACGGACACUGGUGUUGUCUGUCACAAACUCGCUGCACGCAUCUUCGAGUGCCAGGGACUCCCCAUUGUGAACGGGCAGUGCGACCCUUACGCCACCGUGACGUUGGCCGGACCCUUCAGGUCUGAAGCGAAGAAAACCAAGGUGAAGAAGAAAACCAACAACCCCCAGUUCGAUGAGGUGUUUUAUUUUGAGGUGACCAGACCCUGCAGCUACAGCAAAAAGUCCCACUUCGACUUCGAGGAGGAGGACGUUGACAAACUUGAAAUCCGAGUUGACCUCUGGAACGCCAGCAACCUGAAGUUUGGGGAUGAGUUUCUCGGGGAGCUGAGGAUCCCUCUCCAUGUGCUGCGAUACGCCAGCUCUUAUGAAGCCUGGUACUUCCUCCAGCCCCGAGACAAUGGCAGUAAGAGCGUGAAGCCAGAUGACUUAGGGUCGCUGAGGUUAAACGUAGUUUACACAGAAGACCACGUCUUCUCCUCUGAGUACUACAGCCCACUACGUGACCUGUUACUGAAGUCUGCGGAUGUGGAGCCUGUCUCAGCCUCAGCAGCUCACAUCCUCGGGGAGGUGUGCAGAGAUAAGCAAGAGGCAGCCAUCCCGCUGGUACGGCUCCUGCUGCACUAUGGCAGGGUAGUGCCCUUCAUCAGUGCCAUCGCUAGCGCAGAGGUGAAGAGGACCCAGGACCCCAAUACCAUCUUCCGAGGAAACUCACUGACCUCUAAGUGCAUAGAUGAGACAAUGAAGCUGGCGGGCAUGCACUAUCUCCACGUGACCCUGAAGCCCACCAUUGAGGAGAUCUGCCAGAGCCACAAGUCCUGUGAGAUCGACCCUGUGAAGCUGAAAGAUGGCGAAAACCUUGAGAACAACAUGGAGAGCCUGAGGCAGUAUGUGGAUCGAAUAUUCAAUGUCAUCACUAAGUCGGGGGUGAGCUGCCCCACCGUCAUGUGUGAUAUCUUCUUCUCCCUGCGGGAGGCAGCUGCCAAGCGCUUCCAAGAUGACUUGGAUGUGAGGUACACCGCCGUGAGCAGCUUCAUCUUCCUGAGGUUCUUCGCUCCCGCUAUCCUGUCCCCAAACCUUUUCCAGCUGACACCCCACCACACGGAUCCACAGACUUCUAGAACCCUGACGCUUAUCUCAAAGACCAUCCAGACCCUUGGCAGCUUGUCCAAGUCCAAGUCUGCCAGUUUUAAGGAGUCGUACAUGGCGACGUUCUAUGAAUUCUUCAAUGAGCAGAAGUAUGCAGAUGCCGUAAAGAAUUUCCUGGAUUUGAUCUCAUCUUCCGGGAGAAGGGACCCCAAGAGCAUAGAGCAGCCCAUCCUGCUUAAAGAAGGCUUCAUGAUCAAGCGGGCCCAAGGAAGGAAACGGUUUGGAAUGAAGAAUUUCAAGAAGAGGUGGUUUCGCCUCACAAACCACGAGUUCACCUACCAGAAAAGCAAAGGUGAUCAGCCGCUCUGCAACAUCCCCAUCGAGAACAUCUUGGCCGUGGAGAGGUUAGAGGAGGAGUCUUUCCGAAUGAAAAAUAUGUUCCAGGUCAUCCAGCCAGAGCGUGCACUGUACAUCCAGGCCAACAACUGCGUGGAGGCCAAGGACUGGAUUGACAUCCUCACCAAAGUGAGUCAGUGCAACCAGAAGCGGCUCACCGUCUUCCACCCAUCCGCCUACCUGAACGGCCACUGGCUUUGCUGCAGGGCCUCCUCAGACACCGCCAUUGGCUGCACUCCCUGCACUGGUGGGCUCCCAGCAAACAUCCAGCUGGACAUUGAUGGGGACCGUGAAACAGAGCGCAUCUACUCUCUCUUUAACCUGUACAUGGGCAAAUUGGAAAAGAUGCAGGAGGCCUGCGGCAGCAAGUCCGUGUACGAUGGCCCUGAGCAGGAGGAAUACUCAACGUUCAUCAUCGAUGACCCCCAGGAGACGUACAAGACGCUGAAGCAGGUCAUCGCUGGGGUGGGGACCCUUGAGCAGGAGCACGCGCAGUACAGGAGGGACAAGUUCAAGAAGACGAGAUACGGGAGCCAGGAGCACCCUAUUGGAGACAAGAGCUUCCAGAACUACAUCAGGCAGCAGUCUGAGAUCUCAACCCAUUCCAUUUAAGGUCACAGCACUUCCCAGAACGGUGCUGUUGAGCCACACCAGGAAAAAGCAGACGAAAGAAGACAGAAUACAUACACGGAGAGGAACCAUGUUCACCUGUUCACUCAGGCCCUACCACGCUGGCGGGGCCACCCCGAGCCAAGCAUGCUCCUUCCCCAGCAGGAACUGUUGCCUGGGCUGUGCACGCCCCUCGGCUGCCAGCACAGGUGGUCUGGGCCAUCCUGGAAUGUAUGAUCAUCGUCUUUUUACUCCUUUAAUCGUACGGGGAUCCAGGGAUCUGUUAAAUAGUAGGGAACUGUGGACUCUGUCUAAAUCUGUUCCCCCCGUGGCCCAGCCCCUCUUUGCUGCGGCACCAUGGUUCGUCCAUGUUAGCGUGCACCUUCUGUAGUGUGCACUGUCUCUUGUCCUUGCCUGCUGGUCUCUAUACACAUGUAGCCGUCUGGCCCUCGCCCUAGACGUACACGUAAUCCUGCCCUUCUACCUAAUCCCUGCUCGGGAUGUUAGAAGCAGUAUUUUCCUGUCAGCCAGCAGGCACAGCCUUCGCCCUCAGCUUAUGCUGGUUUGUUCCUGGCUAAAGAGUUGUUUUGUGGCUGGGAUGGGACAGGAUGGUACAGAAACCCCUUGAUCUUUGAGGACAUGGGAUCCUUUUCUUUCUUAGAGUCCCUGGAGAGGGAGGGCUGUGAGCCCAGUCUUCUCUGGGUGACCAUCACCCCUCAGUUUGAACACAGGUCUGGAUGCCGGGUAAGGUUUUAAACUAGAUUCCACAUGCUUGCUGCCUUGGUGAAAGUUUGGGAAAGGUUUUUAAAAAUGUCAUUUUCCAAGCUGUCUUUCUUAAUGUUCUUAAAGGAUCGUUUCUUAAAUAGCAUUUUGAUUUGAGGAAGUAUGGAACAUCAAUAGCUAUAUGCAUUGAAGGGGGAUGACCCAGGGGAAUCCAAAGGGGACAGUAUUUGAUUUCUCACAAAGCCAAAGGGUCCUCAGGGACGGAGCUCUGGGAUAGAGGCUGCACUGUCGAGCAAUAAAGGCCAAACGUGGCAUUGCACACGCCUAUGUCUCUGUGAGCCCAACAGGCUACACGUGGCACUAUCUGGAGCCACUUUUGAUUGGGGUGGGAGGGUCCUGAAACAGACAAGACAGUCUGUGCCAGCUUCGCCCCACAGUGCUGCUGGAGUCACAUCCCAAGCUGCAUCUCCAGAGGCUGAGAGGGGCGGCUCUGGGCAGAUGUUGCUAAGGGACACCACCACGCAUCUGGUACCAUUUUCUCUUUCUUCAUAUCUUGGGAGGAUCACUCUGCAUCUGGAAACAUAAUAGCAUUGGAUGGCAUAGCAGCGGAAGAUGAAAAAAGUCGGUAACUUGUGCACUGAACAUGUUUUUAACUUGGGUUUGUAACAGUGUUUCUGUUUAUAAGAUACUAACGACCCCGAUGUAUUUUACUGGCCCAUUAAAGCAGAUGUUUUAUUCUU